CUUGACAAUUGGAGGGAAAUAAGAAAGUCAGAAGCACUUCAGCGGUCAAGACGGUCGACAACAGAGCAACCAGCACUCCGGCAGGCGGCAACCCAACGACGGUCGACAACAGGUGGCUUUACCAAGGCGUCGACUCGGCGAGAACCCUUCUGCGGUUCCACCUUCGACCCUGCUUCAGACUUGGCUACUUAUCUAAUAUUCUCUGCCUCUCCGGCCCCACUGGAUUGAAAGCUAGAUCCAUCCCUGUUGCCGAUUAGAGUGAGCUGCCGACUUGAAAAUGUUAUGGAGUUCUAGACACCUAUUCAAACUAUCACACAGAUCAACGAAAUGCGGGUCUCUCCUAUCAACUAAUGAUUUUCUGAUGAACACUCAUCAAAAUUCUUUCUCUACUAUUCCUGGGAGUUCCAAAGUUAUCCUCACCCCGCAAGUUGUACAGUCCACUAUAUUGAAUUGUCAUUCUGAUCUAGUUGCUCUUUCCUUCUUCUUUUGGUGUGCUAAGCAACCUAAUUACUUCCAUGACAAGGCAACUUGUGUUCACGUGGUUAAUAUAGUCUCUCGCCUCACUCAGAGGUUUGUAACCAUAAAAGGUGUUCUAGAGGAAUUGGAGAAUGUUGGUACUUUGAUAAAACCACAAGUUUUAUUACUUCUAUUGAAAAUUUUCUGGCUUGGAAGAAUGCACAAUAUGGUCAUUGAGGCUUUUGGAGAGAUUCUCAGGUAUGGCUACAAGCCAAACACAUUUUCUAGGAACAUAUUGAUGGAUGUAUUGUUCAAGGUUGGUUACGCAAGUGUUGCACUUCAAGUUUUGAAGGAGACGGAGUCACCAAAUUUCCUAACCUUCAGCAUUUCCAUCAGCCAUUUGUGUAAACUCAAUGAUAUGUUUAAUCUCCAUUAUGUACUUAGGACCAUGCUGAGGAAUAGAUAUUAUCUUAACCCUGAGACAUUUUCGUCUGUUUUGAGCUCUUAUUGCAAAUCAGGUCAAUUAUCAAAGGCUACCCAAUUAUUAGGUCUUAUGAUUGUCUUGGGUGUACCUACAUGCGUCAUUGUUUGGAGUAUAGUAAUAAAUGGAUAUUCUAAAUUCGGCAAACUUGAUUUUGCCAAUCAUUUGCUAAAUAAGAUGGUGUCUAGUGGAUGCAUGCCAAAUAUGGUCACAUGCACAUCUUUGGUAAAGGGAUACUUGGAAUCUCAGAUGCCUAACAAAGCUUUUAAGAUCCUAGACACCAUGAAGUCCAUAGGGUGCUUCCCCGAUUUGAUUAUGUGCAAUGUGCUUAUACAUUGUCUCUCAAAGACAGGGAAUUAUGAUGAAGCAAUUGAUGUUUUCUGUAGUUUAGGGGAACGAGGGUUGACCCCUGAUCCUUACACACUUUCCUCUAUCAUGUCAACAGUUUGUUUAUGCAAAGAAUUCACCCUCUUGCCUAUACUCAUCAAUGGAUUGGAUAUACAUGCCGACUUAGUUGUUUGUAACUCCUUUCUAAGUUUUUUUUGCAAAGCCGGUUACCCUAAAGGUGCUGUUGAGUUUUAUAACGACAUGAUAUAUAGAGGUUUCCAACCUGACAAUUAUACAUUUGCAGGAUUAUUGAGUGGGUUAUGCAGGUUAGGCAAGACAUCUCAGGCUAUUGAUGUGUAUCAGGGUAUGGUUAAGAAUCAAGAUGUGCUAGAUGCUCAUAUUCACACUGUGAUCAUUAAUGAACUUAUAAAAUCUGGUGAAUUUCACCAAGCCAUCAGAUUAUUCAGGCAAGCCGUGGAAGAGAAACUCAAUCUGGAUGUUGUUUCAUAUACUGUUGCUAUUGAUGGAUUAGUCAAAAGUGGUCUUGUUGAAGAUGCGUAUGUAGUGUUUAGCAUGAUGAAAGAAAUUGGUUUGGCCCCAAACAUAUACACCUACAGUUUUAUGCUAUCUGGAUUGUGUGAGAAUGUAGAUGUUAGUACCAUAAAAAGGAUACUUGUUGAGAUGGUUAAUGGAGGCAUUGAGCUUAACCAUAUUACUUUCAGGUUAAUGAAGAACAUUCUGCGCAAAAGACGCCAUUCAAGUCUAGUACUUAAUCUAUUCACGGAGUUGUGUGAUAAAGUUGUUCAUGAUUUACUUGUUCUUGACACUAACACAUCCAGUUCUGAAGACAUUCUUGAUGUGGCUGCUUCAGUAGGUUGAGCGCGGGUCCCACGAACACAAAUUGUAAAGAGUUUGCUGUCUCUUAGGGGUUGGAAAUCAGCAGAGAGUCCUAUCUCCAGAUGAAGCUCCAAUUGGUUCCCCAUUUCUUAUUUUAAACCCUUAUUGAAGUGGAAAGCACUUUGGUUGAGAACAUAUAAUCCAUCCUUUCAAAAAGAAGACUCUUGUUGGCAUGUUGCAUCAAUGUAGAAGUAUUUAAUUGUGACUCACAUGAAACACAAGAAUGAGAGGGACACAAUUAUCAAGGGACUUCAGACGGUGAACUCAGCAAAGUUGCUCUGAGCCUCAUGAAUCAAAUAAAAUUGAGACAUGCAGACUGUGUGAAGGAUUCGGAGCAUAAAAAGGUGGUCUCUGUAUUCAUUGUUUCAAACAAGUUUAUAUAAAAGGGUUGCUCAGCAUUCUUGGUUUAUCCAUAAACUCAUAAAGGGCAGUGAGAAGUGAAAACCAUUAUUUGUCCAAGUAGGCAUGCAUCAUAGUGGUGGACACUUAAAAUCUUAAGCUGAGGUGUGGUGGUAGUGUGGGGCAGAUGGUGGAUCUAGGGUACGCUGAACGUAACCUGCCCCGUUGCAAUCUUUGAAUGACUGAUGCCUAUACUCAAGGGAGAAAAUUGCAAUAAGUGGAAAGUGUGAGGGCUGAGUUUGAAAGAUGGCGGUUGUCCUAGGUGUUUUUGACUCUACACUUCUUUGCUUAUGUGCUCAUAUAUGUCAAGUAAUCAGUUUGUAUCAUCUAAUCAAUGCCCCUCCUAUUUGCUCAAGGCCAAUUUCUUUAUGCUCUGUCAUAAAUGCAAAAUGAUGUAAUUUGGAUUAGCUUGCAUGGAUCAAACUUGGCGAUUACUACAACAGCAUGGAGUCACUUUGAGAAUGCGAAUAACCGUUGUAAAGAGAUGGAGGCCAGCCUACAUGCUAAAUCAGAGAUGAAGAGCGGCCUUUUAAAGCAGAUUGAAGAGAAGAAGCUUGAGCUUGAUGGACUUGAACUUGAAGUGUCUAAUGUUAAUUUUGCUCUCAUGGAUGAGAAGGAACAUGGAAUGCAAGCUGAAUUGGAGAGGAAGAAUCGUCAAAUUGAAGAACGAAAGUUUCCAAGUAGUAUUCAGCUUAAGAAGAGUGAUAAGUUUAAGUUAGAUAAAAAAAUCGAAGAGCUUAAGCGUGAAAGAGACCGUAUGGUUUUUUAUUCCGAUGACAGAGCUAUACUCUCCCUUAAGAAGGCGGAACUGGAAACCAAGAAAAAGAUACACAAGAUAGUUGAUGAAUGCCAGGAUAGGAUUAAAGAAUUGAUGAAAGGAAGGCUUCCUCCAGACAAGGAUUUGAAGAAAGAAGUUAGACAAGUCCAGAGCACUCUUCACAAAUAAAUUGAAGACUUUAGUGUAAAAGCUCGUGAUGCAGAGAAGAACUUAAAUAUGGUGCAGGCAAAGAUUGAUGGAGUCAAUGAUAACUUAUACAAACUUAACAAGGAAGCGGAAUCAACGGAUGAAGGCAUCAUACACUGGUGAUAAAUUGAGUGCAUUGGCUGCGGUACAUGCUGAAUCUCAGUUCCAGCAAUUGGAUAAGCUACGUACAUUUUAUGAAGAGUAUAUCAAAAUAGGAAAGGAGUCAAUCCGUCUAGCAGAGAAAAAGUUGAAAGAGCUUGAAGAAUAGUUGGAGAAAAAAAUCAGGCUCUUGAUGAUGUAAUAUACCUUGGUGAUAUUUCUUAAUUUUCUUUUGAGAUGUAGUCUUUCCUUCUAUCACAUCCUUUGAUGAAUUUCGCUCUAGACUUUAGGAACUAGUGCUUGCCUCGCCUUGGCACCACUGUGAUGAUGAUGUAGCAUUGUCCUUGUUGAAAAGGAAGCGAGAGAUGUUGGCCAAAAAUAUACUUCCUCCGUAA